GCCUCAAUCAAAGGAUAAGUAAUGUUAGUUUUGACAGCACAAGUACAGCAGCAAAAAGUUCGCCGUCUUCUCAAUUAUGGCCGUGAGCUUUUUUGCCACGAUUAGCGCUCAAUUUAUCGUCCCAGGAAAGUGCCAAAAUGUGGCUGUUCAGCAGAAUUUUGACACACCUUCCUACCUGGGCCGUUGGUACGAGUAUCAGCGCUACUUCUCUUUCUUCCAACCUGAUGGCAAGUGCGUGUCCGCGACCUACACAAAUAUUAACGAAACCUUCUUUGAGAUCAGAAACUACCUUGAGAAGGAAAUCCUUCUCGGCUAUGGAUACCAGAGUAGCGACACUGACGAAGGAACUUUGCGGAUCAACUUCCCCACUACCGGUGAAGAGGACGGAGACUACUGGGUUUUAGGCACCGACUACUCUUCAUACUCCGUUGUCUGGUCCUGCUCGAACGCUGGAGGCCAAUCCUUGCAACUCGCUUGGUUGCUGACCCGUGAGAGAGUGCCUAGCAAUGAAACCCUUAGCGCAGCUCAAGUCAUCAUUGACGCCAACGGGCUCAAGGGCAACUUCCUUGUAACAGACCAGACCGGCUGCCCCCGCGACCCCUGAAGAUUUCAGCAUUUUUAACUUUUGUAGUCAUUUUGUAUUUUAAAUAAAAAUUAUUAAA